GUUCUGCGUACUAUAAAUUAUGAUAACAUCUAAAUAUCCUUUUAGAAGGCGUAGAAUUUAGUUCAAACAUCUUACUCUAGGAUAACAUUUAAAGUGACAUAAUAUACGAGUAAUUGUAACACGACAACUGUUUGGAAAUAUGAGAAGUAAAAUAAUUAUGAUGCUUUUGUCUGUGACAGUUUGUGCUUCACAAGACUGUAGCAACUUGAUGCAAAAACUCAAGUGUAUUCCUGUGAAGAAAGGCCAAACCUGUCUAUCGAAUGAUGCAAUUGAUGGUUCCAAUAUGACAUGGAUUGAGUCUUCGGACGUAUGUUCCGGCGAAAAUGGCCGACUUCCAUGGUUAGGACAAGGCAUCAGCCUUCAAAAACUUAAAUCAACCGCUGCAAAACAUGGUAAAUUCUCAGCAAUUAGAAUAGGAUUACUGUACAACAUGAAAAAACAGUUAUUUUGGCAAAAUGAAAUGCAAACAUGUAAACCGGUGAAUUCUACAAUAUGUGCACUCGGUGCCGUUUCAUCACAGUGUUCUACCCUCGGUUGUUGUGACAGUGGAAAUCAGUGUCAUUAUCCAGGAUCAUAUUCCGCCGUUACAUAUACAAUCAACACGACCAUUGACACAAGCGGAAUCCGUUCAACGGAUCACGUAAGUUGUGUGGGUAUCGAGAAAGCGGCAAAUGGUACAUGGUUUUGGAAGGCUUAUAACUGCACAGAAAAACCAGUAUUAGCAACUGCGUACUUUUGCGAAUACAAGUGUGGUAAUGCUUGGCCAGAAGCACAGUCAUCCACUCUACAGUUUGAUGAAACCACGUCAGGAACGUAUCAUGAUAUGACUACGUCAGGAACGUAUGGACGAACUACAUUAGUCACGUCAAAUAAACCGCAAAACAACAGUGCGGUCAAAACAUCUAGAAUAUACGAUAGCGUACAGAUGCUCUUGCUAAUUUUCCUCCUGAUCAUUUCAACAGCUGCCAACCUUGACUGUUGAAUAACCUGCAAAGAAUGACAUUGAAUACAUGUUAUACUUUUAUUGGUGUCUAAAAUAUAACUGAUAUGUUUUUGUGUUUACAUUAAAUUUGAAAAUGCAAGAAAGACAGGGGACUAUUCCAUAGCGCUAUAUUUACUAGGUAAAUGAUAACAUAUUAGGGUUAUGUACUGCAUGUAUGGUUAGUUACAGCAGAGCAUUAGUAUCAUGUGUAUGUAUACUUGAAAUGUCGAGUUACUAACUUGUAAUUUCGAGAUGCAUGGCUCAAAAUAAUUUAGAGUUAUUUAUCUCAAAAUAUAGAGUUAGUUACUCUAAAUUUCGAGUUACCAGUUACCAAAGUGAAAGCAUUGUGAAAAUUGUAACAUGUAUGUUGGAUGAGACUUAAAUAAACUAUAAAUAUAUAUCUCA